AUGGCGCGCACCCUGCCGGCCAAGCAGCACCCCUUCGGGCACCGGGCCGGCUCCGGGGCGCCGCCGCUGGGCUCGCCUCGCGUCCCCCGCGAGCCCAAGUCGCUGCCGGCGAAGAAGACCGUGAGCUUCCACCUGGAGGUCGAUGACGAUUCCGAGGGCUCUUCCACGUCCACGUGCGGCGGCCGGGCGCAGUCUGGCACGCCGGACUCGCUGGACUUCGUCGCGGAGCGGCCCGCCCUGCCGGUCCGGCAGGCGCCGACGCCCAGCCGCGCGGGCCCCUCGACGGCGUCGUGGCUGUCCUCCCCGGGGUCUUCGCAGGACCACUCCGUGGACGUCGUGCACCCGGGGAGCCCGCUGCUCGCGGGCGCGGCCGCGGGGCGCCGCGGCGAAGGCGUGGGGGAGCCACCGCAUGAGGCCCUGGGCGACGCCGGCGGCGGCGCGGCGCGUGGGCGGUGCUCGGGGGCGCUGCGGCCUCCAGACCAGCCUGGGGAGCCCCUGGAUCGUGCUCUGUGGCAGCAGGCCUGCUGCGACGCCGGCGGCGCAGCGCCUGGGUGGCGCUCCGGGGCGCAGGGGCCUCUGGCCGAGGAGCACCCCGUGCGGCAGGCCCCAGGCGAGGCCGGCUCCCACGGCUGCGCGGUGGCCGAGCUGGCGGAGGGGCAGCACUCGCAGCAGGAGGCCUCCGGCGAGGGCGGAGGCGGCAACGCGGUGCUGCCCGGGUCGUGCUCCAGGGCGCCUCCGCGGGACGCGCCUGGCGUCUCCUGUGAGUCCAAGGCGCGGCUGGCGAGGAAGACCGUGAGCUUCAACCUGGAGGUCGACGAUCACUCCGAGGGCCCCCCCACGUGCGGCGGCCGGGUGCAGUCUGGCACGCCGGACUCGCUGGACUUCGUCGCGGAGCGGCCCGCCCUGCCGGUCCGGCAGGCGCCGACGCCCAGCCGCGCGGGCCCCUCGACGGCGUCGUGGCUGUCCUCCCCGGGGUCUUCGCAGGACCACUCCGUGGACGUCGUGCACCCGGGGAGCCCGCUGCUCGCGGGCGCGGCCGCGGGGCGCCGCGGCGAAGGCGUGGGGGAGCCACCGCAGGAGGCCCUGGGCGACGCCGGCGGCGGCGCGGCGCGUGGGCGGUGCUCUGGGGCGCUGCGGCCUCCAGACCAGCCCGGGGAGCCCCUGGAUCGUGCUCUGUGGCAGCAGGCCUGCUGCGACGCCGGCGGCGUAGCGCCUGGGUGGCGCUCCGGGGCGCAGGGGCCUCUGGCCGAGGAGCACCCCGUGCGGCAGGCCCCAGGCGAGGCCGGCUCCCACGGCUGCGCGGUGGCCGAGCUGGCGGAGGGGGCGCCGCGGUCGCUGGCGGAGGGGCAGCACUCGCAGCAGGAGGCCUCCGGCGAGGGCAGCGCUGGCGUUAGCGCGGUGCUGCCCGGGUCGUGCUCCGAGGCGCCGCAGCGUCCCUCAGCGGAGAGGCACCGUUCCCAGCAGGAGGCCCUGCGGGCCCUGCAGCUGCUGGAGGAGCGGGCCCGAUGGGCCGCUGCGGCCCUCAAGUCACGGCCCCACCGCUGCACCGCGGCGACCAAGUGGGCCUUCGCCCACGGCGUCGCACGGGGCGCCCCGCGCAUCGAGGCCUGGGGCGGCGGCGGCAGGCACGCCAGCGGCGCCUACGACUAUCUGCCGGGGGAGCGCGCGCAGGGCCCCCCCACCUACCAGAGCGCGUCCGACCCCAGCCAGCGGCUUCGCCUUUCCCCCGAGGGGCACUGGCUCGUGGGCUCCGCGGACGCCUCCGAGCAGCAGCACCGCCAGUGGGGUUACCUGCGCAGCGCGCACCCCGUGGAGCCCGGUGUGCUCCCUCACGCGGUCAGCGAGUGGGAUGUGGUGCCCGGCGCGGGCGGCGGCCAACCCGCCGCGUCACGCGUCCGUUUCUGGCUCGCGGAGACCGUCCGGCUCGAGUGGCAGAAGGCACGGGUGGCCUCCUGCGACUGCCCCGUGGUCAGCGUCCGGGGCGUCGGCCAGCUGGGCGACGGGCUGUACGACUUUGUGCCACGGGAGGGGUCAGCAGGGGAGCCGCCAGCCUACCAGCACCAGGUCCAGAGGAACCUCUGGCUCUACCUGGCCUCGGACCAGCGCUGGUGGGUGGGCACCGAGGAGGGGCCUCGCCAGCAGGGCGCCCCAGGGCCUGGCCCAGAGCCGCCCAGUGCAGCCGGGGCAGAGCGCCUACGACGACGGCGCGGCCAGGUGCUGGGCGGUCUGCGCCGGGGCAGCGGGCGACUGGGUGCAGCAGGCGGUGGAGGUGCGCCCAGAGCCGGGCGAGCCGACGGCGCUGGACAAGUGGGCGGAGGCGUGCCGCCGCGCCGGCGCCGUGGAGCUGUGGGGCGCGUCCCGCGAGCGCGGCGUCUACCGCCCCGCCGGCGGCGGCGUCCACUGCGGGGAGCCGCCCGCGUACCAGUGCGAGCAGCAGCCCGACCUGUGGCUCUAUGUUGCGGACGACUGGCGCUGGUGCAUCGGGCCGACCGCCUCGAAGGACUGCCGGAGGCCAGGCGUCGUGCUGAGGAGCCGCGGAGAGGCGGCGGCGGGAGUGCUGCCGGAGGAGGUGGCGGCGUGGUGCGAGCAGGGGGACAUCGAAGAGGAGGCGUGGGAGCACGACCCGAACCUCUGCUUCUUCCGCACGGAGGUCGUGGCGGAGGCCUGGGGGCGGGCCCGGGAGGCGUGCGCCGAGUCCCCCGUGGUCACGCUCACCGGCGCGCCUGGCGGGCUUGA